AUGUCAGACUACAUUCCUUCGAAAAUCCUAGUGGAAAUCUUCAAAAGACUUCCUGUGAAGUCAGUUCUUCAACUAAGAUCCCUCUCAAAACGAUGGAAAUCUUUGAUCGACAGCUCUAAGUUCAUUGCUGGUUACGGGGCCCACCAAACUCAGCCACAGAGUCUACUUGUAACCUACAACGAUCCAGAGAGCCAACACCAGGACGAAACAUAUGCUUCAUUGGUUGAUGAUGAGACCUUCGUCCAACAAGAGAUCCGUCCAAUGCUUCCUGAGCUCACUAAACAACUUUUGAUGUCACGUGUUAUUGGUAGCUCUCAUGGAUUGUUCUGCUUGUUUGGUUACGAACCCAACAGUGAGAUGGCUGUUCUUUGGAAUCCUUCGAUUAGAAAAUCAGUUUGUGUAGCUGUGCAUGGUGUGCUACUUAUGCGUCAAAACGCCAUUCUUGGUUUUGGGGUUUGUCGUAUCACUAGUAACCCUACGAUUGUGAAGAUAGAUGGUUCGGUAAUUGAGGUUUUUACAUUGAGCACAGGUAGUUGGAGAACUCUUCCCAACAAUCUGCAGAUUAAUUCCAUUAAGUUCUCAUGGCGUCAUGUAGUUAUAGAUAGUUUAACCAAUCAAGAAGAUCAGGAUGAAUAA